AUGCUGUCGUUCGCUGUCAUCCCCGCCCUCGCCACCGCGGCGCUCGCCGCCGUCGCCAACGUCCCCACCUCGCUCGUCGAUGCGGACAAGGAUGUGCACGAUGCGGGCGUUGGCCCCGACCAGAUCGUCGCGAAGUUCGUCAGGUCGAGCGACGGCGCGCAGAUCUACGCGGAGGCGGUCGGCGACCCGUCCAACCCGCCCAUCGUUCUCGUCCCCGGCUACACGCUCAGCACUAUUUCUUUUGACAAGCAAUUCGAGAAUCAAACCAUGCGCGAGCAGCUUUACAUGAUCCGCAUGGACCCCCGCGGGCACGGCCAGAGCGCGAUGAACGCCACGGAGGAUGGGCACAAGUCUGAGCUUUACGCGAACGACUUCAAGGCCGUCCUGGACGCCUUCAAGGUCGAGAAGCCUGUCUUCGCCGCCUGGUCCCUCGGCGGCGCGAUGCUCACCGACAUCGUCGUUAACCUCGGCACGGACGCCAUCUCCGGCUACAUUUCCAUCGCCGCCAUUCCCUACAUUGGCGACGUCCUUACCGAGGUCGUCUCCGAGUCCACGCUCCAGAUCGUCCCCGGCAUGCAGGUCUCCAACGACACCGACCAGUGGAAGAAGAACGCGGCCUCAUUCGAGGACAGCCUGUUCUACGACCCGAAGACCGUGCCCUUCGACUACAAGGCCGCGCUCAUCGGCGUCGCCGCCGCGGAGCCGUCCGAGGUCACCAAGCUCGUCAUCACCCGGCAGCAGGACUCAGACAAGAUGAAGGAGCUCGUGAAGGACGCGUCGAUCCCGCUGCUCGCGAUCAACGGCGCGCAGGACACGCAGCGCCUGAACGGCAGCGCGGUCGUCAACACGAUGAAGGCGUACUGGCCGAACGACCUCAUCACGCACACCGAGGUCGACAAGGCCGGCCACGCCGUCUUCUACGACCAGCCGGACGAGACGAACGAGCAGUUCCGCGUGUUCACGCUGAAGGCGACCGGGAACGAGGACAAGAUUAAUGCGAGGGAGAACGGCGCGGCGGCUGCUACCAUCCCGUCGUUGUUCGCCCUCGGCGCGCUCUCGCUUUACGCAUUCCUCGCUUAA